CUGCUGCUCUCGCUGCUGCUGCUGCUGCUGGCAUCGUGGCCGGCCCGUUGCAGCGGAAGCUGUCCGGAGAAGGAGCUGGAGCGGCGGGAGGAAGACGCCAACGUCGUCCUCACCGGGACGGUGGAGGAAAUUCUCAACGUCGAUCCGGUCCACCAGACCUAUUCCUGCAAGGUGAGGGUUUGGAGAUACCUGAAAGGGAAGGAGGUGGUGACACACGAGAUCCUCUUGGAUGGUGGGAACAAGGUGAUGAUUGGGGGUUUUGGGGACCCCUUAAUCUGCGACAACCAGGUCUCCACAGGGGACACCCGGAUUUUCUUUGUUAAUCCUGCCCCACACUAUAUGUGGCCUGCUCACAAGAACGAACUGAUGCUGAACUCCAGCCUCAUGAGGAUUACUUUGCGCAACCUGGAAGAGGUAGAACACUGCGUAGAAGAUAAACCGGUGAAUUACUUCCCGCAGGCAGUGCCCCAGGAUGUCUGCCGAGGGAUGCUGUGCGGCUUCGGUGCUGUAUGUGAGAAGAACCCCAUGGACCCUUCCCAAGGUUUAUGUGUUUGCAAGAAGACCACCUGCCCUCCUGUGGUGGCUCCAGUGUGCGGUUCAGAUUACUCUACCUAUAGUAACGAAUGUGAACUGGAGAAGGCUCAGUGCAACCAGCAGCGUCGCAUUAAAGUCAUGAGUAAAGGGGCCUGUGGUUCGAAAGACCCCUGCGCAGAGGUGGUCUGCAGCUUCGGCAGCACAUGCGUACGCUCCACGGACGGGCAGUCGGCCAAAUGCAUCUGCAUGUCCUUUUGCAGCGGCGUUCCCGAGCACCUCGUGUGUGGCAGCGACGGCAAGGACUAUCGCAGCGAGUGCCAUCUGAACCGACACGCCUGCGACAAGCAGGAAAACGUCUUCAAGAAGUUUGAUGGGCCUUGCGAUCCUUGCAAAAGCACCCACAAUGACAUGAACCGAGUCUGCCGCGUCAACCCUCGCUCGCGCCGGGCGGAGCUCCUGCCGCGCCCCGAAAGCUGCCCCUUGAAGAAAGACCUGGUGUGCGGGGACGACGGAGUGACCUACGAAAACGAAUGCGUCUUGCUGAGGACGGGUGCCAUUCGGGGGAUCGAGAUCCAGAAGCUGCGUUCAGGCCCGUGCCAGCUUCAGGACAAAUGCCGGGACGAGUGCCGUUUCAACUCCGUGUGCCUCAUCCGCCGGGGACUCGCCCGCUGCUCCUGCGAGCGCGUCGUUUGCGAUGGCGCCUACCAGCCUCUCUGUGGCAGGGACAGCCGGACCUACGUCAACGACUGCGAGCGCCAGAAGGCGGAGUGCCAGCAGAGAGCCGCCAUUCCGGUCAAGCACCAUGGACCUUGUGAUCUUGGCAAGCCGAGCCCCUGCCUGAGCGUUGAGUGCCAGUUUGGGGCUACCUGCGUGGUGAAGAACCAGGAGGCCGUGUGCGAAUGCCAGCAGGUGUGCCAGAGCGUCUAUGAUCCAGUGUGCGGCAGUGAUAACCUCACGUACAGCAACCCUUGCGAGCUAGACGCCAUGGCGUGUGCCCUCCGGAAGGAGAUCCAAGUGAAACACAAGGGCCCCUGUGACCACUGUGGAAAGUGCCAGUUUGGUGCCAUCUGUGAGGCAGAGACAGGGAGGUGCGUGUGCCCCACUGAAUGCGUGGCCUCCUCUCAGCUGGUUUGCGGCACCGACGGGAACACCUACGGGAGCGAGUGCGAACUCCACGUCCAGGCUUGCAUCCAGCAGGUCUCCAUCGAGGUGGCAGCCCAAGGCAGCUGCAAAGCCUGUGGGGCCACGGUGUGUUCCUUCGGGGCGAAGUGUGUCGAUGGGCAGUGCCUCUGCCCACGUUGCGAGCAACAGCCCGUGGCCCGCGUGUGUGGAAGCAAUGGCAUUACUUAUGACACCGAGUGUGAGCUGCGUCUGGCGGCUUGUCAGCAGAAGGAGGAGCUGGAGGUUGUGAAGAGCGGUCCGUGCGAGGACGAGUGCGGCUCAGGAGGUGGGUCCGGCUCCGGAGACGCCAUUGAGUGCGAGCGAGACAGCUGCCGGACGUACGGGGGCUCGUGGGAUGAGGAUAUGGAAGAUGACCGCUGCGUGUGUGACUAUACCUGUGGGACUGUCCCACAGAACCUGGUGUGUGGCUCCGACGGGGUGGUCUAUGCUAAUGAGUGUGAACUGAAAAAAUCCCGCUGCGAGAAACGCCAGGACAUUUACGUGGCAAGCCAGGGACCCUGCCAAGGGAUCCCAACUCUCCCAUCUUCGCCGGAACUCCUUCACUGUAGCAAAACCGUUUAUGGCUGCUGUCCAGACAAUGUGACUUUAGCUCUUGGGGUUGGAUCAGCUGGAUGCCCCAGCACUUGUCACUGUAACCCCUAUGGCUCCUAUGGAGGGAGUUGCGACCCCACCACGGGUCAGUGUUCCUGCAAACCCGGCGUUGGGGGGCUGAAAUGCGACCGCUGCGAACCCGGCUUCUGGAACUUCCGUGGCAUUGUCACCGACAGCAAGAGCGGCUGCACCCCCUGCCACUGCGACCCUGUGGGCUCGGUGCGUGAUGACUGUGAACAGAUGACCGGCUUGUGUUCAUGUAAAACUGGGAUCACUGGCACCAAAUGCAGGCAAUGUCCCAGCGGAAGCAAAUUGGGAAUGUCCGGCUGUGAGAAAGAUCUCUCAGCACCCUCGUCCUGCGCUGAAAUGACCUGUGAAUUCGGGGCGUCGUGUGUGGAAGUGAACGGCCUUCCCCAGUGCGAGUGCCCGUCCUUACUUUGCACGGAGGCUGACACAUCCAAGGUCUGUGGCUCUGAUGGAGUGACCUAUGGUGACCAGUGUCAGUUGAGGACCAUUGCUUGCCGGCAAGGGAAGGUCAUAGAGGUGAAGCAUUUGGGCCAGUGCCCAGGUGAGUCCCCAGGGUCACACAUCUGAACACUAACAGAGUUG